UCUCUCUCUCUCUCUCUCUCUCACACACACACACACACAUCCACACGUCUUCUCCUCCUCCUCUUUCUCACACUUCCCCCUCUCUAUCUCUCCAUCCCCUAACCCUUUCUAACUCCAAUCUCCUGUUCUGCCUCCCUGUCCACCCCCUUGCUUUUAUACCUCUCCUUCUUACAUACACAUUCACAAGACUGCAGCAGUGGAAGACAGAGAGCCUCCGUGAAUCUGUGCGUGAUGUGCGUGUGAGUGUGUGGCGUGUGCCGAGAGCAUGUGGAUGUGUGAGACACCCUCAGUGAUGUGAGAACCUGAGAGAGAGAGAGAGAGAGAGAGAGAGAGAGAGAGAGAGAGAGAGAGAGAGAGAGAGAGAGAGGAAGAGAUAUCCUGGACUUUUCUGGAAUCUGGACUCUUUUCCCAAGCUUCUUCAAUCAGAUCCUCACUCUGACACUUUCAUCAGCUGUGGAUGUGCAACAGCAUCUGUGUCUUUGCACUCACGCUCGCCACACACUUUCUGCGGUGUGUGUGUUUGUGUGUGUAAGGCACAGUUCCGGCAUCACCUCAAGCCACACUGCGAGUGUCUCUUCUCCUCGAGCCUCCCCAGAGUGAUGCGCUAAGUGAACGGAGAUGUCCCAGCGCAUCGGGAGUCUGCAGCUCUCGCUCUGCUCUCAUGCUCCUCUCAGGGAGUGAUGGUUAGUAAGGAGGCAGGCCCCUGUGUCCUGUCAAAUUCAGAGUCAGACUCAGAGGCCGGAGGUCCAACCCUUGGAAGUGAGAGAAGCAAAAGUGGAGACGUGGUUCACAAAAGGAACAAAGCCCUGCAGGUCCGCUUCAAGGACAUCUGCGAGGCUCAGAAUGAGGCAGCACGUCUAGCUCGGGGCACCAGGGCGCGCUCUGUUUCAUGCAAGGUCGUACACAAAAGGUACAUGACCAUGCCGGCACGCCGCUCCAUACCCAAUGUGACUAAGAGCACAGCAGUGCAAACCUCACCCGAAUUAAAGAAGCAUUAUCAGACUUUCCCCUUUGAGCGCAAAAAGGGGCACACUAUCAAACACACAGCACUGGUGGAGAACUAUGAGAACCAAAACAAUGGGUUCUUAAGUGAAGUGCAAGCUACUGAAGAGGAAAGGCCACGUGGAGCAAAUGUACAGAAGACUAGAGUGCUUUUGCACAGUAUGCCACCAUAUGCUGAUGUGCAGGAUUUGUGCCCAGAUAGCAGCAUUGAUUCUUCAGGUCAAGGCCGGGAAGUAGAUGCAAACCUGCACAAACCAGAAUUAAAGGAAGAAGAGUGUACCCAAGGAAGUAGCUCCAAGCACAAAAGAUUAACCAAUCAGGGUGAAGUGGGAGCAGAACAAGAGCCCAACUGCACCACAAGUUCCUCCGCUUCUUCAUCAACUCAACCUCUGCAGGACAGAGGUGCCAUUUCAAAGGUCACAGGCCCCAUUGCAUGGACAUCUUUGACACAAGUGGAAUGUCUGGACAGUCCAUCAGUGCAGUGCAAGCGUAAGAAAGAACCUGGGCCAUUGAAUGGUUUGCAGUCUCAGACCCUACCACGUGCAGCCAGCUGCCCUGCCCAGGAUACCAGUCAGGCUCACUUCCAUGGUAGCUAUGGCUUUGGUAGUAUGGAUACGAGAGGAGUCACCAGGAGUCAUGUGUGUGGGCAGAUGAUUCCACUGCCUGGGGCAGAUGGAGACGUGAAAGCCCGACUGCAGGCCAUGGAGACUCUCAUCAGCUCAAGCCAGGAGACCAUUAAAGUGCUGCUGGGGGUCAUUCAGGAACUAGAGAAAGGAGAGGCACAGCGAGAGGGCCGACUAUCAUACCGAACAGGGCAGGAUACAGCCAACUGUGACACGUGCCGAAAUAGUGCCUGCAUCAUCUACAGUGUGGAGCUGGACUUUAAGUUGCAAGAGGAUAAGCUGCAGCCUCUGAUGAAAAGACUGUGUCCAGCAGUAGACCCGGCCUACCCUUCUCUGCCUUAUACGCAUGAAGUGUACACUUCCACCCCCAAGCGCAAAUCCAAGGCUGAAGCCAAGAAGCAUGCACGCUGGAGACUCUGGUUUCUCUGAAUCUCUUUCACCUUUCUCUUAUUUCCAGCAUUCAUGCACCAUAAUGCCACAAGAACAACUAAAGCAUCCUGUCAAAUUCUGCACUGACAAGCAGAAAGUGAAAUACCACAAUCCAUUGUUUUGAGGUUGCAGCACUUGGGUUGCUCUUUGACAUUGGAUUUUAAUGAGGAUUUGCAUUUGUUUUCAUCCUGGAAUCUGGAAUCGUGUUUACCAAAAGUUUUUUUUAAUGUGUGUUUAAAGAUUACAGUAAAGAUAGCCAGCAAUUUGGAUAGUAGAGAUUAGGGCUACUAAUUAAAUCCCAAUAAAAUCUCUCCUUUUAUUGUCCUAACUCUGUCUACUUCUGCAGGGGCUCUAUAGAGUGGAACAAAUAACCUUCACAAGUAGGUCAAUUCUACUUUGGACGGUCACCUAAGACAUCUAGUCAACAAAGCACAAACUUUGGGGAAAAAAUAUAGUGAAUGUUGAAUCUAAAACAUUUUCUUGUUUUCCUUCUUUCUUUAUUAAAUUGUUCAUAAGUUGCUCUGAGAAAUUUUGUGUAAAUGCAGAAUUAUUUGACUGCAUGCACAAUACAUGGCUUUAUUCAUGAGUACUUUAUUUCAUAGCUAACUUUAUAUCUGUUAUAAAUGUUGAAAAUUUUAUGAUGUUGAGAAUUUGGCUUUUGAGAAGUAAUUACAUUGGUAGAUUGUAAUAUUCUGUGAGCUCAAGAGGAACUGACAUUCUCAAGAAAAAUGUUUUCUAUAAAUUGUACUGACUUGUUGAUUUCGACAAUAGUCUGUCUUUCGUACUGAACGACAUCUAUGACCGUGUAGCCGAAGAUUGUCCAAACAUAAAAUAAUGAAGUUUUAUUAUAUAUUUUCAGGCAAAUUACAUGGUGUUUUCUAAAGUUAACGUUAAACACUUGGAUAACGAACGCUGGGAUAAUAACAUAAACACUGGAAAUGUACCUGCUUAUUUGUGUACACUCAAAACCUGAAAUCCCUUAAGAUCUAAAAAGUGAAAUGAGACGGACAAAAAGGGCUAUGUAAAUAUCUUAUUCAUAUCAAUUUAAGCAGUUACUACUUGUCAGCUUUGUAUUAGCUACUUGAGAAAAGUUGACUUCCCUCAAGCCAUUACAUAGCCUACAUCUACUUCAAUGCUAAAUGCAGUAUAUUGUUAGGAACCAAUCACUUGAUCUCUAGACAUCAGUCGAACCAUAUAUUUUUUAUAAUUCAUACACAUAUUAGUUUAGAUUUACAGUCGAAUUGCACAGUGUGGACUAGCUGUAAGUGUAGCAUAAUGAUACACAGAUGCAUUGUUAACCUUUGAGAAAGUGCAAUUGAUUUAUAUUGUGCAAUAUUCUACAUUUUAUACUCUUUCUACCCACAAAAAAUUCAUUUACAAUAAAGAAAC